UUGAGAUAUUGUUAGUGUGUAAAUAGAUGAAAAAUUUAAUGUUUCAUAUACCUUGCUACUGAAAGUGCAGUAAACAUAGCGAGUUAUGCUAUAAUGGACAUGUAUCCGGUCCUCAACACAACGUACUCUGGAUGGUGGCCCAGACAGAAUCCAGUACACCUGCAGAGCAAAGGAAGGAGGACCAGUUCAGGUGAAAGUGGUCAUAUUCACCAGGGAGCAGAAAAGGAAAGUAUUUCAGGAUGUUCAUGACUCCAGUAGAGGAGGAGUUCACAUGGGCAUCACUAAGACUAUUGCCAAAACUACAGAGAGAUUUUAUUGCAUAGGCAUUAAGAAAGAUGUAGUGAAUUGGACAGGUGAGUGUGACUGACGUCAGAGAUCUGAAAAGAUGAAAACUGUAGCACCAGUCCUGAAUCCUAUUAAGAGUGAAGGCCCUUGGCAGAUGGUUGAUGUAGAUUUGAUGGGGCCCUAAAAGAAACUCAGUCUGGCAACAAGGACAUCCUUACUUUAACAGACUUACACUCCAGAUUUAUAGAGGCAUUUCCACUGCCUUCAAAAUCUGCUGAUCUGGUAUGUGAUGUAUUGCAGAGUAUUUUCCACUGUUCUGGUCCCCCAGAGAAAACCUUAACUGAUCAGGGAAAGGAAUUCUGUAAUACAUUAAAUGACACUCUUUUCCAUUGUCCAAGUGAAGCACCUUGUAACACUUGCUUGCCACCCCCAAACUAAUGGCCAGGAUGAGAGGACCAACCAGACGCUGAAGGGCUCUUUAAUUAAAUUGGUAAAUGAGAAUCAGAAUGACUGGGACAAACACUCGGAGGCUGCUCUGUUUGGUAUAUGAACAUCAAUGCAAGCUUCAAUAAAGUGUUCUCCCUCUUUCUUGAAGUUUGGUAGACAGCCAACACUGUUGAACUGCACCAAAAUGAUCUUCAUGAAAAAGUUGAUAUUUUAGAAUUCCCAAAUUUGAGCCCCUCAGAUGAGUCAGUGGAAUCAAGAAAGAGUCGCUUGACAGCCAUAAAAGAAAAAGUUGCCAGUCAUGUUGCUAAAGCACAAGCUGAACAAAAUAAAUAAUAUGAAAUGAGGAAAGCUAAAGGACAUAAGUCAUUUGACUUUAAGAUUGGAAUGAAAGUUGUUGUAAAGAAUAAUAAAAAGCAAGGAAGGAAAGGUUCCUGGCUUGAGGAGGACUGACUUGGGCCUUAUGACACACCCAGCAUCUUAGAUAACUUUGUACAAAUCACCACAAAUGGAAAACUCCUUCAAAAUAAAACUGCAUUAAUUCACAUUAAACUUUAUAAAUCCCUCAGUAGGUACUGCACAGGAGCAUGCACAACUUUGUGGCCAAAUGCUGCUGCCAUCAGCUGCAGGGAGUGCUUCUGCUGUCUCUGUCUUUCCAGAAUUCAUGGCAUCUGGGGAGGAGCCUGGAGAGGACAUUCCCCCAGCCACAGACCAUGCUGGUGUGAGGCAGCAGCCUGAGGUGCUCCUUUGUGAAGGGUCACACCAUAUCACUCCCCUUGAUGUGCUCCUUUGUGAAGGGUCACACCAUACCACUCCCCUUGAUGUGCUCCUUUGUGAAGGGUCACACCAUAUCACUCCCCUUGAUGUGCUCCUUUGUGAAGGGUCGCACCAUAUCACUCCCCUUGAUGUGCUCCUUUGUGAAGGGUCACACCAUAUCACUCCCCUUGAUGUGCUCCUUUGUGAAGGGUCGCACCAUAUCACUCCCCUUGAUGUGCUCCUUUGUGAAGGGUUGCACCAUAUCACUCCCCUUGAUGUGCUCCUUUGUGAAGGGUCGCACCAUAUCACUCCCCUGCCUCUCACCACUGUCAGUAAGGAAUGCAUUUCAGAUAUUGUAAAAGUCCCCAGAAUCCUCAGCAUAUGGGGAGAAGCCUGGAGAGGACACUUCCCCAGCCACAGACCAUGCUGGUGUGAGGCAGCAGCCUGAAGUGCUCCUUUGUGAAGGGUCACAGCAUAUCACUCCCCUGCCUCUCACCACUGUUGGGAAGGAAUGCAUUUCGGGCGUCCCCAACCCCUCCUGCCCUGAGUGAAGACACCCCCAGACAAAACCUCUAAGGGGGCCAAGGGGAAGGGAGCAGCCCAGGCCCUUUCCAAUGCUGAGAGAGAUGCAGCCAGCAAGGAGGCAAGCGGCUCAUCUGUCAGUGUGCGCCUACCAUACCCACAGCCACACCAACGGAGGGCCAACGACACCCAAGUCUAGCCGCAGGAACAAAUGUAGUGUGGUGACAAGUAGUGAGGUCACCACUGAAUCUGACACACCUGCUGAGCCUGACCUGGUGUCUUUCUGUGCUACCCUGGGCAACAACCGAGCCCUGCGAGUCCCUGCCCUCUUCAAGCCAGACGGGGACUACCAGACUGUGGCUGACAUGGUGGGUGGCAGUCACUCCAUUACAGAGUCAACUACCAGUCACGAGGAAAGUUUGGACGAGGCCAGAAGUGCGUCAUCCCACCGCAGGUCACGGGGACAGGAACUGCAGGCCAGGCAGGGUCACCGUCCCUCCCACGGCGACCCGGAUUAUAGCUAUGCUCACCCUGUGAAGAAGCAGUACCUUCCCCCACCCCUCCACUGUCCUCCACUGACAGCAGCAGGUGUAUGAGUUAGUGAUAGUGAGGUCACUGACAGACAGACUCGCCAAAUUGUUCAUUAGUAAAAGUUCCAUGGCCACUAAGUUUGUAAUCUGCUUCUGUGUUUGUAUCUUUCCAGCCUUUUUAUUCAUUGAUGUACACUUUUGCCUUUCACUGCUUCCUCCUGUAAUCCAUUCUAUAUCUUUAUAUAUUUACAUGGAAAGAUAUGUUUGCAUUAUUCUCUCUCUCUCUCUCUCUCUCUCUCUCUCUCUCUCUCUCUCUCUCUCUCUCUCUCUCUCUCUCUCUCUCUCUCUCUCUCUCUCUCUCUCUCUCUCUCUCUCUCUCUCUAAUAUUGAGAUUCAUCUCUUGUCCAUAACAAAAGGGCAUUUCUGUCUGGUUCCUCAGGUUGGUUGACUAACCCUAAAGCUGCAGGGGUUUUCACACAUUUCUCCAUUCCAUAUGUCUCUACUCCUUUGUGGAAAGAUGUAUGUUAUUUAGGCAGCUCUCUUCUGUCCAAGUUUCUUUUCAUCUUUAUCAUCAUGUGUCAAGUCAUCCAGUUCUGGCACUAUCUUAGUGGCUGUUCUUUGUAUUCUUUCCAAUCUCUACAUGAAACAUCACCGAAUUAAUUAAGCUUAGCAGAAAUUAUGUGAUGUGCCCUACUGAUGCUGGUGUGAAGGCGAGGUGUUUGUAGUGAGCCGUGUGAUGCCUUCCCCAGUGCUGAAUAUGGAGAGAGCAGCCAGGCGACAACAUACACUGAAGUUUUCUGAAGAGGAGUGCAACCACCCCUCCAUCAAGCAAGCAGGAGUGGAGCCUCUGGAGCAGCUGAUGGCUGACCUGGAGCUGGAGAAGAUUGUUCAGGAUGCCAGCAAGACAGCUCUUUGACACUUCCAGUAGUGGUAGAAGCCUCCCAUCACCACCCUCACUCCUCUGCCACUGCUGACCACAACACUGAGGCUGUAUUCUUCAGGACCUGAUUGUUGCUUGGACUUGAGGCUUCCCUGCUUGGGACUGGCAGUUCUGCAAAUGCUGUUAGUGACAGCAUCCAUAGGACAACAGUGUAGGUGGUGUCCUCUGGAGAUCCUUCACCUGCAUGGAGCUAAGUCCACCUGUUGUAAUACUUGAAUGUGUAAGUACUCAUCUUGAAGAUUUUAAUCACUGCAGUGGUCACCAUCUCAGACCUGACUGCCACAGGUACUUACUGUACACACUGCUAUCUAUAAUCCAGUGCUUAGCAGGUUCUUGGUUAUGGUUAUCAACUAUCUGGAUAAAUUUUACACAGCACCAACAUUAAAUUACAACAUGUACACAACAGCAAACUUUGGAGGGGUUUUAAGCAUUGCUACCAUCAGUCCAGCCUAGCUAACCAACCUAACAACCUACCCUAACCUAACUCUUCCUCAACAAUGUAGAACAUAUAUUUAACCUCAACAGUGAAGAACAUGUUUAAAAUAAUAUUUUUUUCUAGAAGUUUGGGUCCCAAAGGGUGAGCAGAAAGAAACAAUUUUUAUCUCCCAUUAUGCAACAAAGUCAUUUAGGGAAUUUGGUCAUAUUACUUAAAGCAGUGUCCAAAACAUUAGUUAACUAAAUUCCAUAUGCAGUUUACAGUUUGGUCAAGAUAAAAUAAUAAGCAAAUAUGCUGCUAGUGGGCAAAUUUUUACUCUCACCAGUUUUCUAAUGUGGAUGAAACUAUUUAUUUCUCGUAUUUUUUUGCCUGUUUUGAAUCAAUAUGGUUCUUGUUUUUAUGGAAAUCAUGAGCCAUUACUUUUUACUCCCUGACCCACCAUCCCCUCAGAAACUAAUUAUUUGCAGUAAACAAAAGCAGUUAAUACAAAACAGACUGAUAUGUACAAGAAAAAGGUAGAUUGGCCCUCACAAAUAAGCAGCCACUCACUGUGGCCACCAGCCAGCUGUCAUACACCACCACCUAAUCCAACCAAGUUAACCAAAGUAACCUAUGUAAUCUAACAGAACGAAAUAACAUAACCUAACCAAACAAACCUAAACUAACUUGCCUCCCAAAAAUAGAUGUUUAAAAAUUCCCAUCAGCAUUAUAAAUAAUUUGCAGUGGGUAAAUAUGGGUUUAAAUUACUCAAUGACAAUCUCUAUCUGAUGAGAAAAGUAAGAAAAGCCAUGUUGAGACUGGUGAAAGAGUGAAAGAAUUCCCUACUGUGUGGCCUGGAACCAUAAGCCAUAACUUCACUCACUGGCAGGAGCACUCACACCUGUUUGGUUAUAUCACAGCAAUUCCAUCCCUAUAGCUGUCUAGGCCCCUGAUGUGUCAACCACACCAUGCUAGGUUUGCAACUAUGCUAACAAGAGUGUGAUAGGCAAAGCUGAUGAACUCACUAGUGCCUGUAGCAUGAUGAUGUUCUGCAACAGCCUUGCUCUUCACGUGGCUCCGUAGGUCCUUAAACUUCCUCAGAGCUACCCACUCGGCUGACUGUGUUCACAUGUGCAGCCACCUCCUCCCAAGUCUUGUUCUUUUCUGUGGUGAUUCUAUUGUCCAGCCUUUCCAGAAUCACUGCAGCCUGAUUUUACACCUCCUCCACCAAGGCUAAGGUCUCGGUGUCAGUGAACCAAGGUCUUAUUUUCUUAGGAGGUUUGCUGGCCAUGACUGGAAUACUAUGAUUGGUGGCUGUGGGCACAUAACAGUUUGUAAACAAUGUCUCAUGGCAUUCUUGGUGAUAACACAAAACCUUCCUGUGAUUGGCUGCCUUGUGUGUUACGUUGAAUCAGUGACAUAUCGCCUCCAGCAGCCAAUGAGCACUCUUAGAUGCAUCCUGAUGCUUCCUCCUCUGGGCAGCAAUGACUGCUGCCACUGCUGCUGCUUGAUCAAGGAGUGAGGAUCCACACUUCCAGAUUCUAACAAUGCAACACCAGACAUCCCUGUAAAGGAUUGACAUUGAUGAUUGACAAAUUUAAAACCCUUUGAGGGAAUGAAAUGCAAUAAAACUCAAGUGAAGACAU